AUGGAUCACCUGACUGCGCUCUUCCAGGAGAUGUGGCGUCAAGGUGAAGUCCCGCAAGAUUUCAAGGACGCAACUAUCGUGCACCUAUACAAGCGCAAAGGGAAUCGCCAAGUCUGCGACAACCACCGCGGCAUCUCCCUACUACACAUCGCCGGGAAGAUCUUCGCUCGCAUCCUGCUCAACCGCCUCAACAACCAUCUGGAACAGGGCCUUCUGCCGGAAAGCCAAUGCGGCUUCCGUCGUCAUCGUGGGACCACGGAUAUGAUCUUCGCAGCCCGCCAACUUCAGGAGAAGUGCCAGGAGAUGCGGACCCACCUGUACUCUACCUUCGUGGACCUGACGAAAGCCUUCGACACGGUGAAUCGUGAAGGACUGUGGAAGAUCAUGCAGAAAUUCGGCUGUCCGGAGCGAUUCACUCAGAUGGUGCGUCAGCUGCACGACGGUAUGAUGGCGCGAGUCACGGACAACGGAGCUGUCUCAGAGGCAUUAGCAGUGACCAACGGAGUGAAGCAGGGCUGUGUGCUGGCGCCUACCCUCUUCAGUCUCAUGUUCUCUGCCAUGCUGAUGGACGCCUACCGCGACGAACGCCCUGGAAUCCCCAUCGCCUAUAGAAAGGACGGUCAUCUCCUGAAUCACCGGCGCAUGAACUUCCAAUCGCGUGUAUCCACAGCCACCAUGCACGAACUCCUCUUCGCCGACGACUGCGCCCUGAACACCACCUCGGAAGAGGAGAUGCAACGGAUCAUGGACCUAUUCUCCGCCGCCUGCGAGAACUUUGGGCUGGUUAUCAACACGCAGAAGACGGUGGUGAUGCAUCAGCCGCCUCCCAACUCAGCCACAGCCCCCAACGCGCCGCCGCAAAUCAACGUGAAUGGGACUCAACUGCAAAUGGUGGAGAACUUCCCGUACUUGGACAGCACCCUUUCGCGCAACACCAUGAUAGAUGACGAAGUCGCCAACAGGAUAUCGAAAGCCAGUUAA